AUGAAGAGAAUAAAUGAAAAAGGAAUUGGUGAUAUCAUUAAUGUCAGCGAUGUAAUGAUGAAAAGAAAUUUUGACUCAUUAUUUACAAAACCGAAAACAGAAUAUAGUCUUUAUGACGUAAUUACCGAAUUAAUGAAAAAGAUUAAUGAUAAUAAGAGUUCUGGCGGAAGAGUUGAAUUAGAAGUGAAUGAUGUUAAUGAGAAAUUAGCCGAAAAAGCAAACAAAAAUGAGCUUUUAGCUCUGAGUGAUAAAGUCAAGAACCACGUUCAUUAUAUAACUUCAGACGAACAGAUUAUAACGAACUACCAUGGAUAUUUAACACGAAGUGAUGAAGCGAAGACAAAAAAUGUUAAUGAAAGAAGAUAUAAAUACAUUCGUGCUAAAGGUUAUGACAUAAGCUGUACUGUACAGUAUGAUGUAGCUAAAGCACCAGAAGCAUUUGGUUAUACCGGUGAAAUUUAUGCCUCUACUUUCAAUGUUAACGGUGUAUUAGUUGAACCAAGAUUUACUUUGAGAGUUAAGUCAAAAAUAACGUUUGAAGAUGCUAUUAAAAGUAAAGCUGACAAAGUUGAACUUGAAGCAACGAACAAAGUUUUGAAAUCUCAUAAACACAACAUCUCCGAUAUAAAUGAACUUCAAGCUACAUUAGACAGUAAAGCCGACAAGAACCAUACACAUAAAUCCUUCACUACUGUUAGAGCAGACGACAUAAUAUUGAACUAUACCCUUGGUUCAAGUGCACCUUUAGAGAAUCCAAGUACAAGCGUAAAAGAUACACUAAACAAUUUAGAUAACAGUUGCAGGAAUAUUGAAGGUCAUGCCAGAAACUUUGAAGCACAUGAACUACCAGCAAUGUUAGAUAAGAAAGCCGACAAAACUUAUGUAGAUGAAAAUUAUGCAAAGAAGUCGGAAGUAAAUGCUGCGCUUAAUGGAAAAGCCGAUAAAGAGCACGUGCAUGAAGAAUUUCAAACAAUCAAGAUUAAAGAAAUUAAGGCAUGCAUCGAAAUAGUAACAAAAACAGGAAGAGACGGUGCAACUGUACAAGAACAAAGAAUUUAUCCUCCUACUUUUCCUAAUGGUUUAAUAACAAACAAUAUAAAUAUUGUAGAAGGCAAUAAAACUAUAAACGUUAAACAUGAACUUCUAACAAUGAAGGCCCAGAUUCUUGAAACCAUAUAUCCUAUAGGCUCUAUUUAUAC